CUGGCUCUUUGCGGUGUAUCAGGGGGCAUGUGGGGCGCCGCGAUGCGGAAUAUGGAGCAGGACAUCAUUCCCUUUUCCCGGAGCGAGGGGAUGGCGAUUACGCCGUACGGCCUGCUGAACCAGAGCCGGUUCCAAAUGGCGGAGGAAGUCAAGGCCCGGGAGCCAUCGGCGGGAGGAAGAUCGAGCUUCUGGAAGGGAAGCUCGAGGGGUUGGAGGUGGAGUUGACGGAGGUGGAGGUGGACAAGGUGUAGGCUGCGUAUGAGACAAAAGUCGUCGACAUUGACAUCGUGUUUCCGCCUGUGUGGGUGUGACAGUUGCUAAAAUGAGAAAGAAAAAUGAAUCAUCGUCGAUCUCCCAA